GAGAUAGAGGGCAAGUUGGGGAGGGGCAGAGAGAGAGAGGGGGACAUCAGAAUCUGGAACAGGCUCCAGGCUCUGGGUUGUCAGCACAGAGCCUGAUGGGGGGCUUGAACUUGGCAACAGCAAGAUCAUGACUUGAGCCGAAGUCAGACACUCAGCCAACUGAGCCAUGCAGGCACCCCUUUUGGAUCCCAUUUUUACACCACAGACUGUCAAAAGUUUAGAAUUACCAGAGGUAAAACCAAUGAAUUAUUGAAGUAGUAAUCAGGAAAAGUUUAUUGUGCACACACCAGAAAGACAGACUGCAAACCAAGAGCAUUCAAACCAAAACAUGGAAGGAAGCUCAGAGGUAUAUUGUUAGAAAGUGGUUUAUAUAGUGAGAAAUUCCUGCUCUCAAGCCUCCUCUCCUUCUACUUGUUCAUCUGUAUGUAGUCUUAAGUUUUAGUCAUUCAUAGGUAUUUAAAGUUCCUUAAUUACAUACCAUGUGUUUCCCCCACUUCUGGUAUUUUCAUGUUUUUUCCUGAAAUCUAGUCCCUCCGUGGAAUACCAGUUCUUCUUUUAAGACUGAACCUAAAUUGUAACUGUAAAGCAGGUAUUCAAUAAAAUGUUGAAUGAUUAAUUUGAGUGUUUAUGUGGGUGGAUUUUACCUAAUCUGGGAUGUUUGAAUCUGUUAUUUAUAAGAUAGGUUUUACCAUCCCAAUUUUACAGAUAAGGAAAGAGGUGAAGAGGAACAGGUUGUUUAACUUUGCUAAGAUCAUACAGUAAUUUAUUGCUAAAACUGUUUAGCCUCAAAGCUUUCUUUUUUGCUAAUUGCUUUGUAUGUGGUGUUUAAGUGUCAUUGAUGUUAUACUUGUUUAUGUGAUUUUGGACACUUCUCUGAAAUCUAGAGAAUUCGCUAUAAAAAUUAGUGUGGGAAUAACCAUGUAGUCCUUAUUUUAAAAGUCACUAUAAUAUAUAAUUUACUUUCUGACAUUUUUCAUGCUUAGUAGUGAUAAAUUAUUGGGUAGACAUUAUCAAUACUAUGGUUUAAAAAAAUUUGCUGUGAUUUUUCUUUCACUUUUAGAAAGAAGUUUGGAUCCCAAUUCAAUUUUAGGAUGGCAGCCAUUUCAGCUCUAACUGAAGAAUUGGAGUCUGUAACCAAUGAGCUACAUGCAGUAGACAUUCAAAUUCAGGAACUUCUGGAAAAGCAACAAGAGCUUAUUCAGAAAAAGAACAUCCUAACAAACCAAAUAAAGCAGCAUUUUGAGGAUUCUGAUGCUGGGGAAAGCAGUGAAUGGGAUUCUUCACCUGCUGCUUGGAAUAAAGAAGAUUUUCCCUGGUCUGGUAAAGUUAAAGAGGUUCUGCAAAAUGUCUUUAAACUGCAGAGGUUCAGACUGCUUCAGCUUGAAACUAUUAAUGUAACAAUGUCUGGAAAGGAGGUAUUUCUUGUUAUGCCUACAGGAGGUGGAAAGAGCUUAUGCUACCAGUUACCAGCAUUAUGUUCAGAUGCUCAGUUCCGUCAUUAUGUCUGUUUCUCCUUCCAACAGGAGCAUGUGAAAUGGGUUCAUGCUGAAAUGGUAAAUAAAAAUUCCAAGCUAAAGCUAAUUUAUGUGACUCCAGAGAAAAUCGCAAAAAGCAAAAUGUUCAUGUCAAGACUAGAGAAAGCCUAUGAAGCGAGGAGAUUUACCCGAAUUGCUGUGGAUGAAGUUCACUGCUGUAGCCACUGGGGACAUGAUUUCAGACCUGAUUACAAGGCACUGGGUAUCUUGAAGCGGCAGUUCCCUAACACGGCCCUAAUCGGGCUGACGGCAACCGCAACUAGCCAUGUUUUGAAGGAUGCCCAGAAAAUACUGUGUGUGGAAAAGUGUUUUACUUUCACAGCUUCUUUUAAUCGGCCAAAUCUUUAUUAUGAGAUUCGGCAGAAGCCCUCCAACACUGAAGAUUUUAUCGAGGAUAUUGUAAAGCUCAUCAAUGGGAGAUACAAAGGGCAAUCAGGAAUCAUAUAUUGCUUUUCUCAGAAAGACUCUGAGCAAGUUACAGUUAGUUUACAGAAACUGGGAAUUCAGGCAGGUGCAUACCAUGCCAAUAUGGAACCAGAAGAUAAGACCAAGGUUCAUAGAAGAUGGUCAGCCAAUGAAAUUCAGGUGGUGGUGGCCACGGUUGCAUUUGGUAUGGGAAUUGAUAAACCAGAUGUGAGAUUUGUUAUCCAUCAUUCAAUGAGUAAAUCUAUUGAAAAUUAUUACCAAGAGAGUGGACGUGCAGGUCGAGAUGACAUGAAGGCGGACUGUAUUUUGUAUUAUGGCUUUGGAGAUAUAUUCAGAAUAAGUUCAAUGGUGGUGAUGGAAAAUGUGGGACAACAGAAGCUUUAUGAGAUGGUGUCAUACUGUCAAAACAUAAGCAAGUGUCGCCGUGUAUUGAUAGCUCAACAUUUUGAUGAAGUAUGGAAUUCAGAAGCAUGCAACAGAAUGUGUGAUAACUGUUGUAAAGACAUUUUGUGUGAAGUAAAGAAUGUAACAGCAUACUGCAGAGAUCUAAUCAAGAUUUUGAAGCAGGCAGAGGACCUGAAUGAAAAGCUAACUCCACUGAAACUGAUGGAUUCUUGGAUGGGAAAGGGGGCAGCAAAACUGAGAGUGGCAGGCGUUGCUUCUCCCCAACUUCCUCGUGAAGACCUGGAGAAAAUUAUUGCACACUUUCUUCUACAGCAGUAUCUUAAAGAAGACUACAGUUUUACAGCUUACGCUACCAUUUCAUAUUUGAAAAUAGGACCUAAAGCUCAUCUUCUAAAUAAUGAGGCGCAUGUUAUUACCAUGCAAGUAAAGAAGCCCACACAGAGUUGUUUCAAGACUGAAUCAUCUGAAACUUGUCAUUCUGAAGGAGCUGAUAAAAGGAGGGAAGAAAAAAAUUCAGGUAACUUCCAGAAGUCUGCAAACAUGCUUCAGCGAUCUAAGAAUACAGGGACUAAAAAAAGAAAAAUUGAUGAUGCAGGAGAUGAGUGUUUCUAAAUUUUCCAAGAAAAUAGUUAUGCAUGUGUACACCAUUAUUUUGUAGUUAAAAGUUUAAGACAGUUUUAUUAAUAUUUUAUACAUAUGGAACUUGCCUGAAGUAUUGAAGACUUCAAUAUUUAAGAUCAUGAAUUAUAUAAAUUUACAGUAUAAAACGAGAAAAGUAAUUUUAUUAUUUUUUGAGAAAAAUAAUUUUAAUGUAAAAUAUUUUUAUCCCUUGAUAUACCUAAUUGUAUUCUUUUGAUAUUAAUGUUAUCAUAAGGAAUAUUUAUGUAGGCUUAUUACAGAAAAGAGUGAUUUCAGCUCAUAACAGCUAUACAAUCAGAACAUAAAAGGAUAUUAGCAAGUAAGAUCUUGCUACCUCCUUAAAGUAAAAUUGUAAGCUUCUUGAAACGACAAUCCUCUCUGACAUUUCACAAUCAAAGAAUGACUUUGGUAUACCAGACCAAGUUGUCAGCUAAGUAGAUAAAGUAGCUAAAUCUGCUCCAAAGCAGUUACACAGAAAUGAUUAACUUAAAUCCUUACAUUUACAUAAGUGGUCAAUUUGUGUUGGAAAAAAAAAAAUCUGUAAAUUAUUUGAUCUUUACCAUUUUACUUCUAUUUUAAUACUUUCCCACUACUCUCAUUAUGACUUCUGUAUUCUUAACUUCAUUAAAUCCAUGUGGUCGUUUA